AUGCCGCCCAACUACAAUCUACCAUCUCUGUUACCUCCCUCUUCUCCAAUACAGUCUUUGCCCACUUCCUCUUGGAUGAAUUGGUUUCCUUCUUCAGGAUUCUCUCUAAUUUCUACCUCGAGAACUACUCAUGAUAUCUCAUCCUGCAAUGUGGCAGACUUUAGUUUUGCUGCUCCAUACAACAAUGUCUCUGCUUCCAUGGCAACUCCUGCUCCUACACACACUCCAACUUUGAUAGAAAUCACUACUUCUGUGCAACCAUCUACAGUUGUGCCUGAACCUUCCACCACAGAACCUAUUAUGGCCACUCCUUCUCUGCCCACCACAGUUGGUGAGGUGUUACUAGUGACAACAAAGGCUUCCAAAUGCAAGUCCAUGAAGAGCAACACACAUCUCAAGACAGUCUCUGCAAAGCGUCAGAAGAGGGAGGAUAUAGUGGUUUUAUCCACUGAGAGCUCGCAGCCCAUUGAGGGAGGCCGAGGUAAACAACAGCACUUCUAG